AUGCCACACGAGCACCGUCUCCCACCGCAGCCUCUUCCCACCGGGAAGCCCACCGUGACCCGUCGGGGAAGUCACAACCCCGCCACGGACUGCCUCCAGCGAGCCACGGGCUCUGCCCCUCCUACAGAGAAAAGUUCACGGCCAGGUUUCCGACGUGUUCACACAAAGCCAACAUCGGAUGAUUCCUCCUUCCCCGGAGGGCCAGCGCUCACGUCAGCUUGCCGCAAGGACAAGGGGAAGACGCUCUCACAACCAGCGAAGGCAGAGUGGCUGAGCACGGUGAUUAUUGCAAGACAUGCGAGCAAGUGUCUGCUGAAGCUGAGCGGUUUCCUCUCCUCAGUACUCCCCCAGCCCCUCACCGCGCCCGCAGCCUUGCUCACAGACCCCAAGGGCUCUUCUGCCCUCGGGGUGGGCUCUCGUUUGCCAGGACGGCGGCCUAAAGCCAAAUGCACUGCUCGUUACCGGACACUCAGUCCUCUGAGCGGCGUGGAGUUCUGUAUGGCAGCCCCAGAUGCCCUCACGUUGGAUUGCAGUGGGAUUGCAGUGCCAUGGGUGACGAGGGAGACCGGGCAGCCUCGCCCCUCCUACUUGGGGCCUCUCCCUGGCCGCAAAGCUGCCCAGAAGCUAAACCUGUCUUCCAAGAAGAAGAAACACCGGCCUUCCACCGUGUCUGCCGUGGAGACCCCGCUCUUCGCCACGAGCUUCAGUGGGAUUCUGCAGACCUCCCCUCCCCCGGCCCCGCCCUGUCUGCUGAGGGCGGUCAACAAGGUGAAGGACGCCCCCGGCCUGGGCAAGGUGAAAGUGAUGCUGCGCAUCUGCUCCACGCUGGCCCGUGACUCAUCGGAAUCCAGCUCCUUCUUAAAGGCAGAUCCUCGGAAGAAGCAGGUCACACUGUACGACCCGCUGACGUGUGGUCAGAAGGCCUUCCCCAAGAGGGCCAGCCAGGUGCCGCCUAAGAUGUUCGCCUUUGACGCCGUUUUCCCACAAGAUGCCUCUCAGGCUGAAGUGUGCGCUGGAACGGUGGCGGAGGUGAUCCAGUCGGUGGUGAAUGGUGCAGACGGCUGUGUGUUCUGUUUUGGCCAUGCCAAGUUAGGAAAAUCCUACACCAUGAUCGGAAAGGACGACUCCAUGCAGAACCUGGGCAUCAUCCCCUGCGCCAUCUCUUGGCUCUUCAAACUGAUCAACGAACGCAAAGAGAAGACCGGAGCCCGUUUCUCAGUCCGGAUCUCAGCUGUGGAGGUGUGGGGGAAAGAAGAGAAUCUGCGGGACCUGCUGUCAGAGGUGGCCACAGGCAGCCUGCAGGACGGCCAGUCCCCUGGCGUGUACCUCUGUGAGGACCCCAUCUGCGGCACACAGCUCCAGAACCAGAGCGAGCUGCGGGCCCCCACGGCCGAGAAGGCCGCCUUCUUCCUGGACGCCGCCAUCGCCUCUCGCCGGGUCAGCCAGCAGGACUGCGAUGAGGACGACCACCGCAACUCCCACAUGCUCUUCACGCUGCACAUCUACCAGUACCGCAUGGAGAAGAGCGGCAAGGGCGGAAUGUCCGGCGGUCGCAGCCGUCUGCAUCUCAUUGACCUCGGCAGCUGUGUGAAAACGCUUAACAAGAACCGCGAGGGAGGCUCGGGGCUGUGCCUCUCCCUGUCCGCUCUAGGCAACGUCAUCCUGGCUCUUGUCAACGGCAGCAAGCACAUCCCAUACAAGGAGAGCAAGCUCACCAUGCUGCUGCGUGAGUCCCUGGGGAAUGUGAACUGCCGCACCACCAUGAUUGCACACAUCUCCGCGGCGGCCAGCAACUACGCCGAGACCCUGUCCACCAUUCAGAUCGCGUCGAGGGUCUUGAGGAUGAAGAAGAAGAAGACAAAGUACACGUCGAGCUCCUCGGGGGGAGAAAGCUCCUGUGAGGAAGGCAGAAUGCGCAGGCCCACCCAGCUGAGACCCUUCCACACCAGAGCCACCGCGGACCCCGACUUCCCGCUCGCCCCCCUGUCCAGUGAACCCGACUACUCGUCCAGCAGUGAGCAGUCCUGUGACACGGUCAUCUACAUCGGGCCCAACGGCACGGCCCUUUCGGACAAGGAGCUCACAGAUGACGAGGGCCCCCCGGACUUUGUGCCCAUCGUGCCCGCCCUGCAGAAGCCCCGGGGCGACAGCCGGCCUGAGGGGGGGCAGGCGGCAGCCAGCAAGGCGGAAAGGGACUGCUUGAAAUGCAACACGUUCGCGGAGCUGCAGGAGCGGCUGGGCUGCAUCGACGGCAGUGAGGAGCCCAGCGCGUUUCCCUUCGAGGAGCGGCUGGUGCAGCCUGGGGCGGCACAGCCUGGCAGGGCCGCCACCCUGCUCCCCGAGUCCGAUGAGGAAGAGGAGGAGGAGAAGGAGGAGGACGAUGGGCUAGAUAGUGGUGGCCGCCAGCCGACCGGCCGGGAAGGCGCGGAGCCCCGGGACUCCAGGACGCAGAGAGCCCUCUCGCCCGUGCCAGCCUCCGGGCGCAGCGGCAGCCCCAGCCCGGCCUCUCCCCGCAGCAUCCCGGGCAGCGGCAGCCAGCACAGCGCCUCCUCACAGCUCGCACACAGCCCCAGCCUCCAGAGCAGCCGUGAGAGCCUCAACUCUUGCGGCUUCGGCGAGGGCAAGCCCAGGCCCGCGGGCUCCCCACGGCUGGGCGUCGCCAGCCUGUCCAAGACCCCUGAGUACAAGCCCCCCAGCUCCCCCUCGCAGAGGUGCAAGGUGUAUACCCAGAAGGGGGUCCUGCCCUCCUCCACCCCGGGCAAGGAUGCCGGCCCGGCCUCCGGCGAGUGCGCGCAGCAGCCCGAGGUGCGCACCCCACCUGUCGGCAUGAGCCCCCAGGUUUUGAAGAGAUCUGUGUCUGCCGGGAGGGAGGGGGUCCCCGAGGCCCCAGCAGCGGUGGACACGGGUCGGGCAGGGCCCACCCCAGACGCCAGCCCGGAGAGGUUGAGCGCCAUGGUGACGGUACAGCAGCCGCUGGAGCUGAACGGGGAGGAUGAGCUGGUGUUCACCCUGGUGGAGGAGCUGACCCUGGGCGGGGCCCUGCGGGGCGGCCGGCCCGCCAGCAUCAUCAGCUUCAGCAGCGACUGCUCCGUGCAGGCCCUGGCCUCGGGCUCCCGGCCCGUCAGCAUCAUCGGCAGCGUCAGCGAGGACCUCGAGUGCUACUCCAGUGUGGCGCCCGGCUCCGUCUCGGAGGUGAGCGGCGCCCGGUUCCGGCCCCUCCCGAAGCUGGGCCCCGAGGAGAAGGCGAGAGAGGUGGGCAGCCGGCGCUCCUCCAUCAGCUCCUGGCUCAGCACGGUGAGCGCGGGCGGCGACGGAGCGCCGUCCUGCCACGGCCUCAUCGCCCAGACGUGCUUUGGCCACGGGGAGGCCCUGGCCGAGCCCCCCGCCUCUGAGCUGGUCCGCGGCGCCCAGAACACCCUGGUGUGCAGGGACAAGCCCGGGGCGGGGCCCGACGGCCUGCUGAUCCUGUCCCACGCCGGGGAGAACACCUUCGCGGGGACGCCCCCCCUCCGGGGCUGCGCCAUCUCCAUGCUGGGCCCGGCCGUGCUCACCCUCUCCAGUGCGGCCGGCCUGGGCUGCGAGGCCUGCGUCCCCGUGAAAACCAACGUCACCGCCCACCCGCGCACCGCCGGGGGCCCCCGGGGCCUGCAGGAGCCGGGCGCCUCCACCGCCGCCAGAGCAGCCCGGGCCCCAGAGAACAAGGCAGAGAUGACAUUCGAGGACCCCUGGCUCAAACGAGAAGAGGAGGUACAGGAAGAGAAGGGCGGCUCUCCUGGUGGAGAGGGGUCCAGGGGUGAGGCCGCCGCGGGCCCCGCAGGGCCCCAAACCAGGGCCGAGCAAGAGCAGGAUGAGGAGCCGGGUCCAGGGGACCGCGGGGAGGUGUCCGUCUCCCCGGGGACAGAGAGCUUCAGGAGGGUUGCGGAUGGCUGUGAGAUGACCCUGCCCGGUGUGGGGGCGCAGAGCCCCGUGCACGGCAACAGAAACCUGAGGUCCAGCAGCCUUCCCCGGGCCUUCCAGAAGGUCAGCCGGCACGAGGGGCUGGACGGAGCCCCGUACCCGGGUGUGGUGGAUCCCAGCGGCCCGGGCCCUGGCGCCCAGCCCUCCAGGGCAACCCUGGAGCGGAAGGGCGCCUCUCCAAAGCACUGCGUCCUGGCUCGCCCCAAAGGGACGCCCCCCCUGCCUCCCGUCCGCAAGUCGAGCUUGGACCAGAAGAACCGGGCCAGCCCACAGCACAGCGCUGCCACCGGCGGGAGCCCGAGUCAGCCCGUCACCGCCUUCCUGGCCAGCUUCCUGGACGAAGCCAGCGGCAAAACCAAGGACGCAGGCGGUGGCGGCGGCGGCGGCGGCAGCAGCAGCAGCAAGCUCUUCAGCGCCAAGCUGGAGCAGCUGGCCGGCAGGACCAACUCUCUGGGCAGGGCGACAGUGAGCCACUACGAAUGCCUGUCGCUGGAGAGGGCUGAGAGCCUGUCCUCCAUGAGCAGCAGGAUGCACGCAAGCAAAGAUAGCACCAUGCCCCGGGCGGGUCGUGGUCCGGGCCGCGGCCAGGGGGCCUCGCCCCCCAGCUGCGCGGUGUCCCCCUCGGCCGGGGCCUCGCCCAAGGCUGGCCCGUCCAAGAUCUCAGCCGUGAGCAAGCUCCUGCUGGCCAGCCCCAAAGCACGUGGCCUAUCCACCUCCACCACUAAGACGCUCAGCUUCUCCACCAAGUCCCUGCCGCAGUCCGUGGGCCAGAGCACCCACGCGCCAGCUGGCGGGAAGCCCACGUCCUGGUCCACGCAGUCACUGAGCCGGAGCCGGGGCUCGGGGCUGGUGGCCAAGCUGCCCCUGCGCGCCGUCAAUGGGCGCAUCUCGGAGCUGCUGCAAGGCGGCGCGGGCCCGCGGGGUGCACAGACGCGGGCGGGGCCCGAGGAGGGACGCGGGGCGCCCGGGGAGGACAGGCCGGCCACCGGGCACCUGCUGCCCUCCCCCUACAGCAAGGUGACCCCGCCGCGGAGGCCGCAGCGCUGCAGCAGCGGCCACGGCAGCGACAACAGCAGUGUGCUGAGCGGGGAGCUGCCGCCGGCCAUGGGCCGCACCGCACUCUUCUACCACAGCGGCGGCAGCAGCGGCUACGAGAGCGUGAUGCGGGACAGCGAGGCCACGGGCAGCGCCUCCUCCGCCCCCGACUCCACCAGCGACAACAGCAGCUCGCUGGGCAGCCGGUGCCGCAGCCUCAAAACCCCGAAGAAGAGAUCCAACUCAGGUUCGCAGAGGCGGAGGCUGAUUCCAGCGCUGUCCCUCGAUGCCUCGUCCCCGGCCAGGAAGCCCACGGCUGGCGCCGGGCUGCGCUGGGUGGACGGCCCUCUGCGGGGCACGCCAGGGGGGCUGGCGGAGCCCUUUGAGAUUAAAGUCUACGAGAUCGACGACGUAGAGCGCCUGCAGCGCCGGCGGGCCAGCUCCAGCCAGGAACUCAUGUGCUUCAACGCAAAGCUGAAGAUCCUGGAACACCGGCAGCAGAGGAUUGCCGAGGUCCGAGCCAAGUAUGAGUGGCUGAUGAAGGAGCUGGAGACAACCAAACAGUAUCUGAUGCUGGACCCCAGCAAGUGGCUCCGUGAAUUUGACCUGGAGCAGGUUCUGGAGCUGGGCUCCCUGGAGUACCUGGAGGCGCUGGAGUGUGUGACCGAGCGCCUGGAGAAUCGGGUCAACUUCUGCAAGGCUCACCUCAUGAUGAUCACCUGCUUUGACGUCACCUCCAGGCGCCGGUGAGGAGGUGGGGCCGGCCGGUUCCCAGGACGUCAGACGCCACCCCCGGCGCGACCCGGGCGCCCAGCGACGGCAGGACAGACGGAGGACGAAGGUCGGUGGAAGUGUGGAUGCGCGUGGAGAGGAAGGCGGAUUGUCCCUUGUUUUCCGUAGGAAAGGUGCAGACACCAAACCCACGCAGAAGGAGAGAGCCACGGGAAGCGCGCGGGACGCAGGGGCCCCGCGCGGGACAGAGAAAAGCACUUGGAGGAACCAUGAGGAGUGCGUCUGUGCGUGGAGCUGCCGGUGUGGAUGUGGCCGCGUGCGUGGAACUCCCGGUGUGGACGUGCCGCCGCGGAGACGCCACGCCAGGACGGCCCAGAGUGACGGAUCAAGUGCCUUGCAAACCUUUACGGUUACCAGCCGUCUGUCCGUGUCUGUGUGCAGAUGGUGCUAGUCAAGGUGAAAACCACGAGGACUGAAAGCCCCACCCUUGGGACUUGUGCUUGCGGCUCGUUUUCUCGGUGUUUUAUCCUAUUUCUGACUUGAUGUUUCUAAGUAAGUUGUGUUUGUAGAACGAUUUCCUGACCUGUGUUGCGUACGAAUAAAUGUCGACCAUCUGUUAU